AUGCUGGAAUUGAGGGUUGGAACACAGUUCCAGGUGUUUAUAAUUUCGCGUAUGCUCACGAGAGUACAGGAGCUUCAGCGGAAGCAGCAAGUGCAGAGAAUACUGGUACUGCAGAGAGAGUGGUGGUUCAGUGCUUAUCUGUUGCAGACGGGGAGCUUCUUAUGGUGGAUGCAACAGCGGUGGCUGGAGCAGGUUCAGCAGCAGCAGGAGGGGUUUCACCUUCUGUAUCUCAUCUUGAGAUUAGCAGACACCCCGCCGACGUCAACCAACUACGGUAAAAACUUCACUAACCUUCCGGCACUGGUAACAUCCAUCUCAUCAGCCAUCAUCGAGCAGUUGCCUUCCAGCACCACCUCCGGCACUCCUGCUGGGACUGCUGGCGCUGGCGCUGCUGCUGCUGGUGCUGCUGCUGCUGGUGCUGGCGCUGCUGAUGCAGCACAGCCUACUUCGACAGGCACAGCAGGACAGGAGUCGACGAGGGGUUCAGGGAGAGAGGGAGAGCGAGCAGGAGGGGUAUAUUUUGACGAGCCUCAGCGUGGUUCAGUCGGUGGUAUGGGGGGAGGGGAAGGGAUUGUUUACCCUCCCAUUCCUGCAGGUCCGCUGUAUGAUGACUUGCAUCCAGGAGGGGGAGCUGGGAUCAUGCCUUCAAGACCUGGUUUUGGUGGAGGAAGCAUGCUUGUAGGGCCUCAUGAUCCAAGGUGGGGCCCAACUUUUCCAGGAGGAGUUGGAGGAAUGGGACCCUUGCCUCCGGGAAUGCCGUCAGGGGCUCGCUUUGAUCCGUUUGGUCCUCCAGGGAUUCCGGGCUUCGAGCCUGGCAGAUUUGGGGAUGGACGUCCAAGGCCUAGGGGUCCUCCUGGUGGAGGUGUUCAUCCUGACAUGCAACAUUUUCCAGGCUCAGAUGAUUUCCUCUAG